CAAAAUAUCGUAAGCGAAAAUAAAAUAAUUAAGCCGAUUAAUAAAAACAUGUGAUGUAUUUAUAAUAAUCAACAAAGUCUGGUUAAUCUUAGGUUUCAAAGAAAUGGCUUCAUCAGGAGAAGGAACUCCUGAAGAUGGAGUUUUCGACCUUCUCACUGAAUUGUGCAGUAACACUGCAUCCAAAUAUUGUUCCCACAACCGUAUAUCACAGAAACGGCUCACCAACAAGAUGCGGACCCAUGCUUAUGAGAUAAUCCUGAAGAAAACUACGAAGGAAAUACCUACCAGUGACAAUGAUCCAGUGGUUGAUUUGUUAUCGUUCUACUUAGUUUCUCAUCAGAACGCAAAGAACGUUGCAGAGUACAGAAGAUGCGUGGAGUUGAAAAAAGCUAUAAGUACAAUACGACGGCAUGAUUUUGGGGAAAAUAAGGAUAACAUUGAUAGUGUGCUUAAAUUCCUGGUAGGAUUGAGUAAUUCUGUAAAGGAGGAUUUGUCCCCAGAAAUGUACAAGAGUCCAUUUUCAUUUGGCCUAUUCAAUGAAAUGCUACCGAAACCUCCUCGUGAAGUGUUUGGAUCUCCACAGCCAUAUCCUUACUUCCCAUCUCAUGUGUUCGAAUUGCCAUACUCUCUGCGGCGCCAGGGAAGAAUGCUGGACAGCCAGAUUUCUCAAACUUACACCGAAUACACUGUAGAAAGUUUCGAUUCUAGAGCUUUGCUAGCUGAUACAGCAUCUCAGCAAAAGUCAGAAGUGAAAACAUUCCUGAGCCCUAUGUCUCUAGCAUCCAUGACUUCCACCCACUUGUCUCCAUAUUCAGAGAGUUUGGUAAACUAUCCUCGGCUCACUGGCCCACGAGACCUGCAGAUACCCUCAUCACCACAUACUGAGGCUAAUGUAAAGGUGUCUUUCACUAGCACAGAUGAGAAGCUGGACAUGAAGGAGGUGUUCCGAGCGAAGACAGACGACGAAUCUCUCGACAUCUGGGAGCUGGCCACACAGAUCGACAAAGACGUGCCCAACGAUAUCUGGGAGAUUGUUUCAAAGUUGCCCCCAAUAACCGAACGACAACUGAUCGCGAGCUCGUCUCGUGAACUGGGGCUGUGGAAAAGGAUAUACGCAGACAAAAUGGACUCACUGAAGGUCGUGUCGGAGAGGCAAUUCAUACGGCAUAUCAUGUACCUCAUCAUUGGCGUCGAAACUAGCUCAUUUCCCUACAACGAGGAGACAGACGCCCUAUCUCUGGCAGAGGGCGUGGUCUUAGAGGGCGUGUCUAAGCCUCGCCUCCGUCGCUACAGCGCGGCGUUAGCACGUGCGGGCUCGCACUACAGACGGCUGUAUCGGUUCGCUUUCAACCACUCGCUGGGCGACGGAAUACAUAGCCGGGGACUGGUUUAUGAGGCUGCCAGGGAAGUCAUCAGACGGUACCUUCUCCAAUACCGUCUAUCAGCUACUGAGAUAUACGAAGAGUGUUGCAAGAGCAGUUCGGAAGACAUCAACUGUAUGCCCACGCUGCUGCAGAUAGCUUACCACAUGGAGCCGCUGGUGGCCGAGAUAGAGACCGUCGCUUCCAUCUACAGGAUGGCGGAACCUGACAGCAAGCCGUCGAUGCCGCACGGCGCAGAAUUAAUGUCGUACCUAUUCAACGAGAUCUCACUCGUCACGCACAAGAAGUCCGCGCUCACCAUGUAUACUGCUCUGUAUUCCAUCUGCAAGGUUUACUUCAAGUUCAUAGAGCGCUUCAUAUUCGAAGGCGAGCUUGACGACAGCCAACACGAGUUCUGCAUCCGCAAGGACGCGGCCUACGUCGGCGCGCGCUCCAAGCGAUACUGGGACAAGGGCUACCACCUGGCUCCCGGCGCCGUGCCCGCCUUCCUGCGGCCGUUGGCGCGCUUCAUCCUGUUAUGCGGCAAGUCGCUGCGCCUGCUCAAGCUGUGCAGCCCUGGCGACCCCUUAGUGCUACUAGUGUCAUCCGACCACCCUCACAUCGAGUGCUGCCGCUCAUUCGAAGAGUUAGCUCGACAGCAGGAACUCUUACGAGUAUACCGCACUCGAUGCCUAUUCGUGAGGGAGCCGGCGUCGUUGAGACAACUCCUGCUCAAUAGAGAGGCCGAGAGGAAGGCAUUUGCUGAGAUGGCUACGUUGAAACAGGCUGAGACUAUGGAGAAGAUUAUUGCCGAACGUAAGCGUCUCGCUCAACUCAUAAUAGCUGAAAAGCAGCACUCUUUACGAGUGUUAGAAGCAGCUAUGGCCGAAGCCAAGGCGGCCAAGCUGAAGGCCAAGCAACGUGAGAGGCGCCGCUACCAGUUGGAACUUGAGGCUGAGAAAGCUACGGAGGAGGUUGACUCCAAACUGAGAGAUGAUGAGAGGAACAAGAUAAUGGAAUAUUACUCGAAGCUAAAUAUGGAAGUUGAGAAGAGCAAAAUCCACACGGAGUGGAAAAUGAAACGGUUGCAACUGGACCAAAGUAGAAUGCAGCUUCUUUCAACCGAAGAACGAAACCUCAAAAGAGAGAAGUUAGAACUUGAACAUCAGCGAAACGAAGUGAUGGCGAUGUCCACACAAAGCGACUGUUUCAGAGACGAAAGCGAUCCUAAAGAUGAUGAAAUCGUCGCAGCUAUUGAUCCCAAAAUGACAAAAUCAGAUUCCUUGGUCAUAGGAGAGAGUUCAAGCCCAAAUGAUAAUGUGAAAUCAUCCAGUGACAUGUUCAGUGUUCUUUGCAAUGCAGCAAAAAGUAUUUUUGGUGUUUCGAAAACUCCAGAUGAUAAUAACGUACUGAAAUUAGAUGCCCAAGGAAAUAUUUUACCUGACACUACAACUUCCAGUGAAGUGAUAGGAAAUAAACUCGAUUGGGCACACGAUAAUGAGCAGUUUUUGAAGAUGAGACAAGAGGCUUAUUUGAACAAGCAAAAGGUUAUGGCGCACGAGUUUGGUCAGCUGGAUAAAGAGAACAACCCAAUGAAGGAUCCGCCCCUAAUACCUUCGAUAGACGAAGAAAACAAUUUUGAAGACAUUUGGUCUCCAUUCGCGGAAGCGAAACGCAAUAAAUUGAAAGUUCUCGGGGCGGAGUUUGGUAUGGCCAAACCAGAGGGAGCGCCAAUCGUGACUGAACCGAGGACUGAUGCUCAUAAAGAGGCGCUGAUCAACAGACAGAAAGUGUUAGGUGUUGAGUAUAACCUGCCCAAAGACAUGACUAAAAGAGAGCCGGCAACAGAGGCGCAGGAGGAGGCCUUAGUUAACAAGCAAAAGAUUAUGGGUGUGGAGUAUAAUCUUCCAGCGGAAGAAACAGUUCAAAGGGAGCCAGCAAACGAGGCACAGGAAGAAGCUUUAGUUAAUAGGAACAAGAUUAUGGGGGUAGAAUACAAUCUGCCAGCAGAAGAAACAAUCAGAAGAGAACCAGCUAACAUUGCUCAGGAAGAAGCAUUGGUUAAUAGAAACAAAAUAAUGGGCGUUGAAUACAAUCUGCCAGCUGAAGAAACUGCGCAAAAAGAGCCAGCAACCGAGGCCCAAGAAAAAGCUUUAGUGAACAGAAACAAAAUUAUGGGAGUUGAAUACAACCUUCCAGCAAUAGAGAUCGCUCAAAGAGAACCAGCAAACGCAGCACAAGAAGAAGCAUUAGUGAAUAGAAAUAAAAUUAUGGGCGUUGAGUAUAACCUUCCAAUAGAAAUCGCUCAGAGAGAGCCAGCCACCAAAGCUCAGCACGAAGCUUUAGCUAACAGACACAAAGUGAUGGGCGUCGAAUACAACCUCCCUCUAGACGCUACCAGAAGGGAACCGGCAACAGAAGCUCAGGAACAGGCUUUGAAGAAUAGAAAGAAGGUUAUGAAUUCAGAUUUUGAGGGUAUAGAGCCUAGUCGGAAACCACAAAGGUCGGGCUUGACCUUGAAUUUGAAGCCGUUUGGAGAGACUUCGACUCAGUUGUUGGGAGUUACUCCGAACACUGGAGCGGUGACACCAGGAGAGUUCUAUUCCAGGCUGGACUUAGAAACACCGACCACUGCAGAUGUGCCUCUCGAAAGCGCUGUGACCAGCGACUUCUUUACUCCUAGAAGCGAAGGCAGCAAGGAUUUAGACUCCGGCAAGAAGACUGAUAAAGAUCUAAUCACUUCCGAAGGCUUCACCUUCCCGGUCAUAGACGAUGAUACCAUAGACUCGGAGAUCAUAAGCGACGUCCAAACCGGCGAAAGUCCUGAAGUAUCUCCAUCCAAAAUAGGUUUAGAAAGUAAAAACUUCAAACGCAACAUAUCGUUUUUCAAUAUUCUAGAUGGUUCUUACAACCUCGACGAGUUUGACCCAUUCGGGGUAAAGGACUUAAAAAGUUAUUCCAAAGACCAUUUUCACAGCAAGAUGGAUUUGGAAAUGGCGUCGUCGUGCUAUACGCAUCCAGCUAUUAUUAUGGAGGAGGUGAAAAAACGUCCGUAUUCUAAUAUCUUUGCAUCCCACUUCGAAGAGGAGAAGGAUGAAAAAAUUACGAAUGAUAAUAUAGCUACAUUGACGGCUUGCCUUCAGAGGUCGGUCAUGUUACCUCUGACUUAUCAACUGGAGAUUGUGAAUAACUCGAUUUUGACGUAUUUUCUGGUAAACUUGGAUAUGUACGAGCAUUUGAGGAGUUUGAAAGAUUACUUCUUUCUGAUGGAUGGAGAGUUUUCCAGGAGUAUUUGCCAAAACUUGUUUUCGAAGCUGACGAAGACGUUGAAUCCGCAAGAGCUGCUCAAUUUUGCAACGUUGCACAACAUCCUCGAUAAGGCUUUGGGGUCUUCGAUAUCACACGUCCACAAAUUCUCGGAGAACCUUUCGUUCACGAUAACGGAGUCGCCUCUAAGCUUCCAGCACAGUUCACCAGACGUCCUGCAGUGCCUAUCGCUAACUUACGCGGUGUGCUGGCCGCUUAAUAUCAUUCUGUCGCAAGAGGCACUGCUGCGGUAUGCUAAAGUGUUCCAAUUCUUGCUGAAAAUGAGGAGGAUCUUUUGGGUGUUGGGUGAAGAUUUUGAGUCUCUAAAACUAUCCGUGAAACUGUCAAAGCAAAACUCAAGAAAGCUUCUCAAGUCCCCUCACUACACAUCGAUCCAAAUAUACCGCCACAUAAUGGCGUCCAUGAUCCGCGCUUUAGACAACUACAUCGUGACCACCUGCAUUCUGUCUUCCUGGACGGAGUUCGAGAAUGACCUCACCAAGGCUCGAACCCUGGACGAUUUGUAUGAGUGUCACGUGGUGUAUAUCAAAAAGGUGUUAUUCAGAUGUCUGCUGAAUAACAGGUCUACGCCAGUCAUGAAGUUGCUGAACGAUAUAUUCACGGUGAUACUGAAGUUUAGCAGGGUUUUGAAGGCUGGCGAAUGGCAACAACAAGAACCCAACGGUCACUUCACACACACCAACUUUACGCAACUCGAAGAAUUGUUCCAUCUGUUCGAGAAGCUCGCCAAGUACUUACACAAGGUCGUCACGAAGCUUAUGGAGUGUGGUUACCAGCGACACUUGGUGGAACUUCUCACUAUGGUCAACCUGAACGGGUAUUAUGACCCGGAGAGAACCAAAGAAGAUCAUAAUGUGAGUGCUAUGUCUACAGGAUUUUGAGGUUUUUGCAACAUAAUUUUGUACCUUUUUGAGUAAUUUUGGGAAAACAAUUUUUUGUUUCGUUUUGAUGGUACAUAUUUGACGUACUAGGAAAGGGGACAUAGAGCGUUUUCACAUUGGACUUAGAGCGUUAGUUUUUAUAUUGUGAAGGCAUGCAUUCGCUGUCAAAUAUACUUACGAGCAAAAGUAUGGAAUCACCCCCUUGUCUUUUGUUCGAUGUGAUCUUAAGAACUGAAUGACUAUUUAAGUAUCUAUGGUAUCAAUUUAAAGUUUAGAAUAUUGC